AUGGCCAGAACACUCCAGAGGAAACUGGAGAGUCGAGCGCUCGUGGUGCAAUUUGAUACCACUAAGAACCGCUUUUUAGCUGCUGAUGAUGAGUUUGUGAUCAAAUACUGGGAUAUGGAUAAUGUCAACCUCUUGACAACGGUUGAUGCUGAUGGUGGUCUACCUGCAAGUCCGCAUAUACGCUUCAACAAGGAGGGAACGCUGUUGGCCGUUUCUGCACAUGAAAACGGAAUUAAAAUUUUGGCAAAUGCUGAUGGAUUGCGUCUGUUGCGUACAUUUGAAAAUCGUCCUUUUGAUAAUUCUAGAACUGUUGCAGACAAUGCCACAAAGAAUGUAGUACCUCUUUCUGCUGGUGCUGCUGCAACGAGUUCUGGAUUAAUGGAUAGAGCUUCUCCAGCGGCAGCAAUGACUGGGAUGAAUGGAGAUGCUAGAAGCUUAAUGGAUGUAAAACCAAGAAUACCUGAUGACUUGACAGACAAAUCAAGGAUUUGGAAGCUUACUGAAAUUAAUGAACCCACACAAUGUCGAUCUUUAUGGCUUAUGGAUAACAUGAGAGCGAGCAAGAUAUCGAGGUUGAUUUAUACAAAUUCGGGUGUUUCAAUCCUAGCGUUAGCAUCCAAUGCUAUUCAUCUUCUUUGGAAGUGGCCUCGAAGUAACAAUGGGAAGGCAACUGCAAGCAUUGACCCACAAUUAUGGCAACCACCAAGUGGCAUAUUGAUGACCAAUGAUAGAGCCAACACCAAUCCUGAGGAAGCAGUUUCUUGCUUUGCUCUGUCAAAGAAUGAUUCUUAUGUCAUGUCAGCAUCAGGGGGCAAAAUUUCUCUAUUCAAUAUGAUGACCUUUAAGACAAUGACAACUUUCAUGGCUCCGCCACCUGCAGCGACAUUUCUUGCAUUCCAUCCUCAAGACAACAACAUUAUUGCUAUAGGGAUGGACGACUCUACAAUCCAAAUCUACAAUGUCCGAGUUGAUGAGGUCAAGAGCAAGCUUAGAGGCCAUUCAAAAAGAAUUACUGGUCUUGCCUUCUCAAAUUCUCUAAACGUUCUGGUCUCAUCUGGAGCUGAUUCUCAGCUUUUUGUUUGGGGAACUGAUGGAUGGGAGAAACAAAAGAACAAGUUCUUGCAAAUUCCAUCAGGUCAUAGUUCACCUACUGUUUCAGAUACCCGUGUUCAGUUCCAUCAGGAUCAGAUACACUUCCUAGCUGUACAUGAGACCCAAAUAGCUCUAUAUGAAACCAGUAACCUAGAGUGUGUUAAGCAGUGGGUUCCACGUGAAGGUUCUGCGCCAAUCUCCCACGCCACAUUCUCUUGUGACAGUCAGUUGAUAUAUGCAAGUUUCUUGGAUGCUAGCGUUUGCAUAUUUAAUGCUGCGAAUUUCAAGCUGAGAUGUCGAAUCAAUCCUGCCGCCUAUCUCCCUGCUAAUCUCAGCUCAAGCGUCUAUCCAACUGUAAUUGCUGCACAUCCAUCAGAACCCAACCAACUUGCCCUGGGACUUACAGAUGGCAAUGUUCAUGUAUUGGAACCGUUAGAAUCCGAAGGUAGAUGGGGAGCUGCUCCACCCGCUGAAAAUGGAUCUGCAAGCAGCAUGUCCCCAGUGCCUCCGGCUGGAUCAUCAAGUUCAGAUCAACCUCAGAGGUGAUAGAAAUUUCAAAGUUCCCCAACCA